AACAAGUCUCCACUCUACGUAACUGGAUUAAACCGAAUGGGUGGAUGUUAUUUCCGUGUCUCGUGCGCUGCAGCGUUUUCAGCUCCACUAACCGGGUGUUUAUCUGAGCUCCUCACCACUACACCACCACCACCGCCGCCACUUCUCCUGUUCCUCCUCCUCCUCCUCCUCCUCCUCCUGCUCCUGUCCGUUUCUCAGAUGCUCAGGAUAUCGAGCUGACCGGGUGCGAUGGCGCAGCUCUACUACGGUGGCGGCGGCGCGAGCAGCAGCGGCGGCGGCGGCGGAGGGAGCGCGUUCGCCUCGCGCCGCGACCGCAUCCGUUUGCGCGUGGUGCGCGCCGAGCCGGAGCUGUCGGCGCAGGAGAAGGUGUACCUGAGCGCCGUGGAGAAGGGCGACUACGGCAGCGUCAAGCGCGCGCUGCGGGAGGCCGAGAUCUACUUCAAGAUCAACGUGAACUGCGUGGACCCGCUCGGGCGCACCGCGCUGCUCAUCGCCAUCGAGAACGAGAACCUGGAGAUGGUGGAGCUCCUGUUGGCGCACGACGUACAUGUGGGGGACGCGCUGCUCCACGCCAUCCGCAAGGAGGUAGUAGGAGCUGUGGAGCUGCUGCUCAACCACAAGAAGCCCAGCGGCGAGAAACAGGUUCCUCCUAUCCUGCUGGACAAACAGUUCUCUGAAUUCACCCCCGACAUCACCCCCAUCAUCCUCGCUGCCCACACAAACAAUUAUGAGAUUAUUAAGAUGCUGGUGCAGAAAGGUGUGUCAGUGCCUCAGCCCCACGAGGUGCGCUGCAACUGCUCCGAGUGUGUAUCCAGCUCCGAUGUGGACAGUCUUCGCCAUUCACGCUCACGCCUUAAUAUUUACAAGGCCCUGGCAAGCCCGUCCCUCAUCGCACUCUCUAGCGAGGACCCGUUCCUGACCGCUUUCCAGCUCAGCUGGGAACUCCAAGAGCUCAGCAAGGUGGAGAAUGAGUUUAAAGCAGAGUAUGAGGAGCUUUCUUAUCAGUGUAAGCGCUUUGCUAAGGACCUGCUGGACCAGACACGGUCCUCACGUGAACUGGAGCUUAUUCUCAACUUCCGUGAUGAUCUUAGCCUCCUGCAUGAGGAAAGCAACAACGAGCUGGCUCGGCUUAAACUGGCCAUCAAAUACAGACAGAAAGAGUUUGUGGCCCAGCCGAACUGUCAGCAGCUCCUGGCUUCCCGCUGGUACGAUGAGUUCCCAGGCUGGAGGAGGCGCCACUGGGGUGGCAAGCUCAUCACGUGCAUUUUCAUCGGGCUCCUCUUCCCUCUCUUCUCCAUCUGCUACCUGGUGGCCCCUAAAAGCCGCAUCGGCCUCUUCAUCCGCAAACCCUUCAUCAAGUUCAUCUGCCAUACGGCUUCCUACCUGACCUUCCUCUUCCUCCUUCUGCUGGCAUCACAGCGCAUCGUUCAGACAGACCGCAACCGCCAGGGCCCCAAGCCUACCACUGUGGAGUGGAUGAUCCUGCCGUGGGUUCUAGGUUUCAUAUGGACCGAGAUCAAGCAGAUGUGGGACGGUGGAUUACAGGAUUAUAUCCAUGACUGGUGGAACCUUAUGGAUUUUGUUAUGAACUCUCUCUAUUUGUCAACCAUUUCCCUGAAGAUAGUCGCAUACAUCAAGUACAGUGAAUGUAAAUCCAGGGACAGCUGGGAAAUGUGGCACCCCACGCUGGUGGCCGAGGCCGUGUUCGCCAUCGCUAACAUCUUCAGCUCUCUGCGCCUCAUCUCGCUCUUCACAGCCAAUUCUCACCUGGGACCUCUGCAGAUCUCACUGGGACGGAUGCUGUUAGACAUCCUCAAGUUCCUAUUCAUCUACUGCCUGGUUCUGGUGGCCUUCGCUAACGGCCUCAACCAGCUCUACUUCUACUACGAAACCGAGGGCAACGAAAACUGCAAAGGGAUCCGCUGUGAAAAGCAGAACAACGCUUUCUCAACGUUGUUUGAAACGUUGCAAUCUUUGUUCUGGUCCAUAUUCGGCUUGAUCAGUUUAUACGUGACCAACGUCCAAGCCGACCACAAGUUCACCGAGUUUGUAGGUGCCACAAUGUUCGGGACGUAUAACAUCAUCUCCCUGGUGGUGCUCCUGAAUAUGCUCAUUGCCAUGAUGAACAACUCGUAUCAGCACAUUGCAGAUCAUGCUGACAUUGAGUGGAAAUUUGCCAGGACUAAGCUGUGGAUGAGCUAUUUCGAAGAAGGAGGUACACUGCCACCGCCGUUCAACAUUAUCCCCAGCCCUAAGUCUAUGUGGUAUCUCAUUAACUGGAUUAAGAUUCACAUUUUCAGAAGAAGGUCGAAGAAUACAGAAACAUUCGGAACUUUAGGGAGAAGAGCUGCUGAAAAAGUACGACUCAGUCAUCAAUAUCAGGAGGUUCUGAGAAACCUGGUGAAAAGAUACGUCGCGGCUAUGAUCAGAGACGCCAAGAAAGAGGAAGGGAUUACAGAAGAAAACUUCAAGGAGCUGAAGCAGGACAUCUCCAGUUUCCGUUACGAGGUGCUGGGAAUGCUGAAGGGCACACGAGCAUCUCUGCAUGGCACCAAAAUGGUUUCAGGAACGUCAGCCUCAUCACAUCCAGGCUGUUUGCACCAGUUCAAGAUCAAGUCAAGUACAUGCGAAGUGAGCUUAGAACAAGCGCUGGAGCCUCAGAGCAGCCUCCUCAACGGCUCCAUCAUGUCCUUGCCUGAAACCUUUGCCAAAGAGACGCACGGGAAUGACAUUUCCAGUGACUUUGGUCUGUUCCAAAGCUCUAAGCAAAAGACAAAUCAAUGUUCCAACACAAAUAUCUAUGCGGUUUUCGAAAAGGACCGGGAAUCAGAGCUUGAGCGAUCUGAUUGUGCAAUGGAGGUCGAGCGUGAGCGAUUACCGGCUCAGAGACAUUCAGACGAAGGGAAUAGGUCUGAGGAAGCAGAGGAAAGAGAGCCAGCUCCAUCUGAGACCGCAGAUCAGAUCUGCUCUCUUUCACCAACAGACACGUAACAUGGAAACUAGUCGCACAAUGAGCGAGAUCACCUUUUAAGGUCAGAAUCGGGUCGCGUCUUGCGCUCGUGUGCCGAGCCGAGGUACAGUUGGAACUGGCACAUGUCCGAGAAUAGACGUCCUUCUAAUCUGAAGUCUCAGGGAAAAGGCCAAAGCCUGUGGCAUAUUUUCAGCAGUCCUAAAUGAAGGAAAAGUGACUAUACAGCAUGGUUAAAUUCAGGGCUAACACAGUGGCAGAAAAUGUGCAAUCAAGUACAGCAAAAGCAGGCUGCCUAAUCCAGGAACAAUACUCUGUGUACUUUUCAUUAAGCUUUAUUGUUUGUCCUUUUCGUGUGUGCCAAAAAAGAAACUUCUUUCCCCUAGUCAUCAACUGCUUUUCAUCUUCUGAGUACACGGGGAAACAAAUUCAGAUGCAGGAGUUUUGCAAUAACAUUUAUUUGUUUUUGACCAUAUCUCAUGUAAUGUUAUGCAGUUUAGCGUCACCUAGCAACAGCUUAACAUUUUGCACUAUAACCUAUAAGCGAUAUGUAAACCAUUUAAACUAAACAAACCCGAUGCAUAUUUAGCGCUUUAGUUGACUUUAAAAGAUUCAUGCCUAGACGGUUGCCAGGUUUUUCCUGUGGCAGGAAAGGUUGUUUUUUUUUUUCUUUCUGUUUUUUUCAGUCUACUUGUUUUAAAAGAAACACCUUUAAAAGUGAUGAAGCAGACAGCAUUGAAAUACGGUGAAGUGGUAAUAUAUAUAUAUAUAU